AUGGCCAGUGUUCAACAUCGUCAUACAUAUUAUGGCGGGGGAUCAUCCACUUUUAAAGUAAAUGCCGAUCCCUCCCAAAUGCUUACUACCAACCAUGAAAAUCCAACAUCUAUAACAAAGUUUAAUGAUAUAAACUCUCCAAAUUCUACAAAAUAUAGUAAUCAACAAGUUUCUAUGAGAAGAAAACAUAUUGCAUUUGGUCCAUAUAUAAUAGGUUCAACCAUCGGACAGGGAGAAUUUGGUAAAGUUAAAUUAGGUUGGUCCAAGAACCCACCAAGUUCACCUCCAAAUAACCUUGGGAUUUCUAAACAAGUAGCCAUCAAAUUAAUCAAACGAGAUGCGAUAUCCAAGGAUUCAAGCAAAGAACUUAAAAUUUAUCGUGAAAUUAAUGCAUUGAAACAUUUGUCACAUCCAAAUAUUGUAAAACUAGAGGAAGUACUUCAAAAUUCUAGAUACAUUGGUAUAGUCUUAGAGUACGCUUCUGGAGGUGAAUUUUAUAGAUAUAUUCAAAGAAAGAAAAGGCUAAAGGAAACCGCAGCAUGUAGAUUAUUUGCUCAAUUGAUAAAUGGUGUUCAUUAUAUCCACUCAAAGGGGCUAGUGCAUCGAGAUUUGAAAUUAGAAAAUCUUCUCUUAGAUAAACAUGAAAAUUUAGUUAUUACAGAUUUUGGUUUUGUUAACGAAUUUUAUUCUCAUAAUGAAUUAAUGAAAACAUCGUGUGGUUCACCAUGCUAUGCUGCACCAGAAUUAGUAAUAAGUACCAAGCCUUAUGAAGCAAGAAAGGCGGAUAUAUGGUCAUGUGGUAUAAUAUUAUAUGCCAUGCUUGCUGGUUAUCUUCCAUGGGAUGAUGAUUCCGGGAACCCAGACGGUGAUGAUAUCUCUAGACUGUAUUACUAUAUUACAAAAACACCUUUGAAGUUUCCUGACUAUAUAAAUCCAAUACCAAGAGAUCUGUUGAGGAAAAUACUAGUUAGUGAUCCAAGAAGAAGAAUUACAAUGAAACAAAUCGAAAAACAUGAAUGGUUGAAACCUCAUACAGCAUUUUUAUCUAUCACACCAGAAGAAUGGGAUACUAUUAUGCAUCCUAAGUCUAACACAUCGUUUAUAAGACCAGUUCCGCUCCAUUCCAGAAAUAUGAAUAGACCCGGCUCUACAUGUUCCAUGUCAUCCUCUGGGUCCAAAAAUGGAGAUAAGAGAGAUUCUUUAAUCAUCGAUUCAACUCUAAUACAGCUACCAGCACCACCUCAUGAAUCACAAUCCCACGUUAUUACUAAACCAGCUCCUACAUCUCGAACUCCAGACUUGCGCCACUCACCAGUUAGAAAAUCACACACAAGAAACAAUUCUGCAGCAUCAAUUGCAUUACAAGCCGCUGUGGAAAAUACAAGAGAUUACGGUUCUACUAAUUCUUCUGAAAUAAUUCCAACUAAUCGCACAAGAUCGAGUUCAUUUACUUUCGAGAGGAAAUCCCCUCUCCAUUUACAGAGAACAAAUCUAAUGAGUAGAGACAACACAAUAAUAGAAACGAGUCCAGUUAUACCGAAAAUGAGAAGUACUAACAACCGGUAUUCAUUAUACAACGAAUGUGACACCUUAGUGGAGUUACCUUCAAAUAUGAAAACUGACAAACUUUUUGCAUCCAAUAAUGAUUCGGCAGAAUUUAACAGAAAAAAACUAAAUAAUAUUCAUAGCAACAUGAACAGUGAUAAUAACAGCUAUAUUACUAACCAAGAAAAAAAUUAUAACAAAUUCCCUACUCGCCUGAAUCACAGAAAGCCAAGACCAACAUCAUACCAUCCAUCUUCUACAUUGUCCCCUAUUUCUCCCACUCCAAUAUUUAUUAAGAAAACAGAAACUCCAUUAUUAUCUUCAUCUCCUGUCCUUCUAUCUCCUUCCACUACAACCUCCCCUAAUCAUAAUCACCCAGUUCUUCAUCCAGUACCUCAUUUAGCACCUGUUUCGAGUAGCCCUAUCUCAAAGUCGAGCAAAGUAAUUACUAACAAUAAUGAUUCACCAACAAUGUUGGCCUGUCGAUCAUUUUCAAUGAGUAAACCAUCUUUACAUUUACAAAGUGCUUCAGGUAAUUUGAUAAAAUCGAAUGUGGAUCAAAAAUCCGUUACCACAAUGAUGCACGAACAAGUCGAUAUACCACAGGUACUUAGAAUAGAGGUCGAUUCCAGCGCUAACAUUAUAAAAGAAACUAGUAAUGCUGCAAAACUGGAAAUGGAUGAAAAUGUUUUUAUUGGAACAACACCUAAAAUACCACCGAUAAAUAUUGAGCCUACCAACAACACAGACUUAUCGCCUAAGAAUAUUGAUACUAACAUUGAACUUCAAAAAAAGGAAAAAAAGAGGUUCAGUUUCUUAUCGUUUUAUUCAAUGUACAAUACAUCCAAAUCAAGUCUUAACUCCGAAGAUUCUAAAGGUGGUAAACUUUCAAAAGUAGCUUCUUCCAAGGCCCAACAUUCAGCCAAUCAUCACGCAAAUAACAAUUCGAGAAAGCUAUCAAUGAACAAAGAAGUUGAAUCGCAAUUGACAACGAAAAAUGUCCUCAGAGACACGACAAACAUUCAGCAUAAUGGAGCAUUAAGAAGCGUUAGUGGUAAGCCUGUUUAUCCUCAUCCUGAUCGCAUUAAUACAGAUGGGAAAAAUAAAAAUAUAAGAGCUUCAAUAAUGAUCUCAGCUUUAAACGACAGACCAUCCCAAACACAAGUUCCUAAAGAACAAAUUCGUCAACCCCAUGAACAAUCUACAGCCAGGAAAGUUAUUGACUUCUUCAAAAGAAGAAGUACAAGAUUAUAG